UAGGAUGAAUUGUUGUCGUUGAUGAUGUUGAUGGAAGGCGGUCGGUCACAUUGCCCUCAGAGCACGUGAUAGUCACCAGACCGCCGAGAAACUGCCGAACGAUUUCCCUCCCGAUCAUCGAUCGGCUUGACUCUUCCGACUUACUCGUACUGAGUAACUUACGUACCUCGUACUAACUAGUCGCCGCACUUCCAAGUGACCUUGAACCACCUCAUCUCAUCAGCUUAGUCCGCCCUUGCCGUACCUGCUCUGCAUCUCUUUCCUUGUAUAGAGACCGCUUUCCGCACAUGUGAUGUCCAUUGAAGUUGACUGGGGCACAGCGACCUCGGGUCCGGACGGCGAGGCUCUGGCUGAGCGCAUUCGCUCCUUCAUCCAUGACAAGUUCCAGCAGGUAGCUCUUCCGCGAUUUAUCCGAUCCGUUCAGGUCCAUUCGUUUGACUUCGGAACCAUCCCACCGGAGCUCGAGAUCAAGGACUUCUGCGAACCCUUCGCCGAUUUCUAUGAAGAGGAUGAAGACGAUGAGGCUUCCGACGUGUCUGAGGAGCUUGUCUCCGGACAUGGCACUCAGUGGCAUCGCACCGGCUCAGAGCUCAGCGAGCCGCCGUUCCGGGAUGAAAAUGCCAUGCAUCAACCGCUUCGCAACCCAUUCGAUGAGCGGUUUCAGCCAUCCGCUCUGCGUUCCCCGAUAGCUCUCGGUGACCAUCUCAACCCGCACUUCCUUCCUCGCGCCGGCACUCCUGGUAUUCCCGGAGGAACGUCAACACUGGGCUAUCACCUGAUGUCUUUGGGUGGCCUAUCAGGAACACAGACGCCUCUGGCUGCGGUUGCCGGCGGAAACCCGUUCACAAACAGCUGGAAUGAUCCGAGCAGCAUGGGCGCAAGGAGCAGAGGGCCCUUGUCAUCCUCACCCUUCGAUGCAGUGCAUUCGCAACAUCCCGAAGCCGAUCUAGACAGCAGCAAUCCAACCUCACGCCCAUCGACAUCAAGCACGCUCCCCUCGCACCCGGGUGGUUCUAGCAACGGCGGUGGAGAAGCAGGAGCAGCAGCAGGAGGUAGUAGCAGCCACAUGGCACGCACACAGGAGAACGGACACCUUGGCGACUCCGCAUCGGCGGAACCUCUUCGGCUGCCUCGAUUGCGAGAACGCCGGCCCGAAGAUUUGCAGGUUCUGUGCCAUGUCAAAUAUGGAGGGGACGUGCGCCUGUCGCUGACUGCGGAGAUCCUUCUGGACUAUCCUAUGCCCAGUUUCGUGGGCUUGCCCCUGAAAUUGAAUGUCACUGGCAUAACCUUCGAUGGCGUCGCAGUAAUCGCACACAUCCGCAAGCGGGUGCAUUUUUGUUUCCUAUCCCCCGAGGAUGCCGACGCGUUGAUCGGAUCCGAUCAGCAAGAUGCCGCAGGAGGGCAGGAAGACAAACCGCGGGCUGAGCAAACCAAACGUCAUGGAGGAUUACUGGAGGAAAUCCGGGUCGAAAGUGAAAUUGGCCGCAAGGAGGAUGGAAAGCAGGUCCUGAAGAACGUUGGCAAGGUCGAGCGGUUUGUUCUGGCGCAAGUGCGACGAAUUUUCGAGGAGGAGUUUGUCUAUCCGAGUUUCUGGACUUUCUUAGUAUGAAUGAGCUCAGAUGCUCCCAGUUUUCACACGAAAUAACACAACAGCAGUGAGUGGUCUGAAAUGUCGCUCUGCUGUUCACCGAGCUGGGUCUCGGCACACGCAGAGGGCAAUGCA